AUGCAGGCUUACCCUUCCUUGCGACAUUUUAUCCGCCUCUAUCUUUUCGCCCCGUAUCUGAUGGGUAUUGUACUUGGUCGCAUCAUUGGUAACCCCCUCGCUCACAAUGUCGUUGGUGCACAUGCGACAGAUAUCUGUCGUCAACAGCACCCUGAUUUGAUUGAGAGAUGUCAGGAUCUUCAACAAAAUGGUUACAUGAAUGCAAUUCAACCGUUAGCAUACUAUUGCGCCAAAGUGGUUGCAGAUGUUCCAAGAAUAUAUUUUUCAGCUCCCGGGACCUCUAUGGGGUUUACGCUCCGAUUUGUGUCUGCGUUGAGCAACCGUGAAAUACUUUGCGGCUUCACUAUACUUGUAACCUUUGCCUAUAUAAUCGGCUAUACUGUUUCCUUCUUGUUUCCUUAUGAGAAGUGCAGCCUCAUUUGUGUGUGCUUUGGUUUGUGCAUGGGCAGCACAUUUGGAGGUGUGGCCAUGAAUGGUAAGAAGCCUAGGUAUGCCCUAGUUAUCACACCCGUAGUUAUCACACCCCGCAUGCCGCACAUCCCCAAAGAUUUCGCAAGAAUUGAAGAGAACGCAGUGCAACAACAUGGUGAUAUGAUCUGA